CAUCAGGCACUGCCUAUCAGCAUUAGCCACGUCAUCAGCAUCAACAAUCCACAAUUACUCAACUCUCAAAGGCGAAAAUCAUUCUGCCGGAGACAGAAUCAGGCAAACCAAAUCUGAACACUCUAAGAAUCAAAACAAAACCCAAACACACAUCAUUUAAUGACGUAAACAAAAUAUUUGCUUUGGGCUUUGCUAGAGCCCCUAUACGUGGUGACUUAGAGGGAAGGAAGCCUGCGAGAUUUCUGUCUAUUCUCCAAAACUUUUUCAAAGAACUGAUUGUCCUAUGUUAUUUAACCGGAGAAUGGGCUAAUUUGUCACCCAAAACAAUGUUUAACUAAGAGAAGUAUUUUUCUGAAAUGCAAAAGCAUUCAAGCCUUUAACCUAAGGACCUUCACGGCUGAGAGCUCAGGGGUCAUCGCUGCCUCUACCUUUAUAAGCCCAUUUUCAAUGCUAAUGAAUUCUUUUACAGGUGUAUUUGCUAAUUUUUAUGUGUGUUUUAGAUAUAGAUUCACUAAUCAUUACUUAGAUGUAACCCAGGGUUUUUUGCAUGUGAAAAUAGGACUUAAAUCCAGAUUUAUAGGUAAAGAGCAGGAAACUGAGGGAGGGAAAGACACAAAAUAGCCGGAGGGUAAAAUGAGGAAGGACUUCACUAGUCUAUUUAAAAAAUACCCUAAGGUAUUAUGUGGCCCCUGCUUGGUAACUUUCUAGCUCCCUUCUCAAAUUUUCCAAAAAGUUGAACUCAUUUUGAAACUUUGAUGUACAACUCACUAAGUCACCUAGGGAUUCUUGUUAAAAUGCAAAUUAUGAUUUAGAGAAUCGGGGGUUGGGGCUGAGAUUUCGCAUUUCUAGCAAGCUCCCAGACGGUGACGACGCUGUUGAGCAGCAAGGAUGUAAACCUUAAGAAGUUGGAAUCAGUCCUUGUCAGUUCGGAGAACUCGCUUCUGACAGGAUGGCCAGUAACCCAUGUGCCAGGUAGCAUUCUAUGCCCAUCUUGAAUGCCAACAGGAAGUCACUGGACAGCAAACUCUUCCAAGAUCAUAACUGGGCUGUUGGAGUAACUUGGAACAGAAGAAAAAAGAAUCAAAACCAUGGCAAAAGCAAAGAGAGCUCGGUCUACUGCUCCUCCGGAUGGAGGCUGGGGCUGGAUGAUUGUUGUUGGCUGUUUCCUUGUUACCAUCUGCACCCGGGCAGUAACCAGAUGUAUUUCAAUUUUUUUUGUGGAGUUCCAGACGUACUUUACUCAGGAUUAUGCACAAACAGCGUGGAUCCAUUCCAUUGUAGACUGUAUGACCAUGCUCUGUGCUCCUCUUGGGAGUGUUGUCAGUAACCAUUUAUCCUGUCAAGUGGGAAUCAUGCUGGGUGGCUUGCUUGCAUCUACUGGUCUCAUCCUGGGCUCAUUUGCCACCAGUCUGAAGCAUCUCUACCUCACUCUGGGAGUUGUUACAGGUCUUGGAUUUGCACUUUGUUACUCCCCAGCUAUUGCCAUGGUUGGCAAGUAUUUCAGCAGACGGAAAGCCCUUGCUUAUGGGAUCGCCAUGUCGGGAAGUGGCAUUGGCACCUUCGUCCUGGCUCCUGUGGUUCAGCUCCUUAUCGAACAGUUUUCCUGGAGGGGAGCAUUACUCAUUCUUGGGGGCUUCGUUUUGAAUCUCUGUGUUUGCGGUGCCUUGAUGCGGCCAAUUACUCUUAAAGAGGACCAUACAACUCCAGAGCAGAACCAUGUCUGUAGAACUCAGACACGAGACUUUAAGAGGGUGUCUCCUUGUUCAACUUUGACCAACAAAUGGGUGCAGACCUGCCUUUGCUGCUCUUUGCAGCAGGAAUACAGUUUUUUACUGAUGUCAGACUUUGUUGUGUUAGCCGUCUCUGUUCUGUUUAUGGCUUAUGGCUGCAGCCCUCUCUUUGUGUACUUGGUGCCUUAUGCUUUGAGUGUUGGAGUGAGUCACCAGCAAGCUGCUUUUCUUAUGUCCAUUCUUGGGGUGAUUGACAUUAUUGGCAAUAUCACAUUUGGAUGGCUCACCGACAGAAGGUGUCUGAAGAAUUACCGGUAUGUUUGCUACCUCUUUGCCGUGGGACUAGAUGGGCUCUGCUAUCUUUGCCUCCCAAUGCUUCAAAGUCUUCCCCUGCUCGUGCCUUUCUCUUGUACCUUUGGCUACUUUGAUGGUGCCUAUGUGACUUUGAUCCCAGUAGUGACUGCAGAAAUAGUGGGGACUACAUCUUUGUCAUCAGCGCUUGGUGUGGUGUACUUCCUUCAUGCAGUGCCAUACUUGGUGAGCCCACCCAUCGCAGGCUGGCUUGUAGAUGCGACUGGCAGCUACACUGCAGCAUUUCUUCUCUGUGGAUUUUCAAUGAUAUUUAGUUCUGUGUUGCUUGGCUUUGCUAGACUUGUAAAGAAGAUGAGAAAAACCCAGCUGCGGUUCCUUGCCAAAGAAUCUGAUCCCAAGCUGCAGCUGUGGACCAAUGGAUCGGUGGCUUAUUCUGUAGCAAGAGGAUUAGAUCAGAAAGAUGAGGGGUCUGUGGCUAUGGCAGUGCCUGGUUACAACCCCACAUGACCAACAGCCUUGAGCCUGGGCACCUUCAGGUCUGAGAGAGGUGGGACCACUGGAUUGUACAAGUUUUUAAAGCAUUUUAUUUUGGCAGAAGCAUUGCUUUCCGAGGAAAUUAUUAUUAUUGUUUUGUUAACAUAUUUGUAGGGGAAAACAGAAAAUAACAAAGCAAAUUGGACUGGCUCAGAGUUUUCUCAUUUGAGAUUUGUACUCAAAAUUGAACUCACAUCUUUCAGGCAAUAAGCAUCACUCCACAGAGAAUGUUAGGCGAUAGCUGAUAUAAUUUUCUGUAAUUAGGGGUAAUUUCAAGACAUGACCAAAACAGAUGCCACUGGGCAGCAGCUUUGUCUCAAACUCUCUGCCCCUCCAUCCUCCCUUCUCAGUUAGAAGGUAAAAAGAAACAUUGGUGUGUAGGUUUGCUUAUUUUGUGCUGUUUGGAGAAGGGGAGUCUGCAAUAAUUGUUGCCUUUUCAAGAAUAAAAAGUAUUCUUCAACAACCCUAUUUAAAGUCCUAAUGAGAAACUCCACUAUGAAAAAGCUUUGCCAUCGUCAUCUUCCACCACUACUGAAAUCUCUUUGCAUAAGACUGAGGCUCAUCUUUGACAAGGGGCUCACCUCUAUCACAUACAAUACUUACUCUAAAUUUAUCAGGACACACCAAAUCACGGGGCAAUUUCUAAAUCUUACCUGAAAUGUUAACACCAACACUUCCCUGUUUUUCUUUAGAAAUAAAGCUUUUAUUUAAAUUGCAGACACAUUCCUGUUAGGAACAGAAAAAUGUUGGCAGUAUUCCAACUGGGCAGGAAUUGAAUUCUUGAAUCAGCAGGUCUCUGAUUAGAGUUUUCUUUUCAGCUCAGAUACUUAGGUUCAUCAUUACCCAAAACAGGACUUGGAGUUUUGCCUGAAAAAUAUUAUUCUAGAGAUGUUCUAAAGGUGAGAUUCUUUUCUCCCUGUGUUAAUUCUUGUUCCAGGGUCCACUCCUCUUCAUCUCUUUAUGAAUAAUCACUAGAAACUUGGUGAACUUUUUCAUCUGAAUGAGAAAUCUUCAUGGGUUAACCUCAGCAUCAUAGCACUCUCAUAAAUUACAGCUUUGGUUAGAGGAGAGGGAGGAGAAGGUUAAGAGGACUAGUGGUGUGAUGUUUUACAGUUUAUAGAACCCUUUCACCUACCUAACUCAUUGGAUUAGACUAGUUUACUCAAUCCCAACUACUCUACUUUGGUAGAGCAGUAUGGUUUCAGAUAAUUUCCCAGUCUUCAGAUUGAAGAGGGAGGGCAUGGGGAGAGAAGAGAAAGGCCAGAUCCCACAGCCUUUCUCCAACUAUUUUAAAUCCACAGAAUUGCAAUUCUAAAUGCCAAAUCAUGUUGCACCUAUAAAUAGGGGCAAGUUAUACAAUUGAAAGGAGGGUUUAAUUAUUCAAAAACUUAAAAUCUGAACCUCAAGGAAAUAUUUUGACCCUGAAGGCUAUUUAAUCCACUGUCCCCUGGGAGACUUCACAGAUGCCCUGCCAGGGGUCCUGAGAGAAAAAACACAGCAAUGAGGAAGAUCCUGGGUUGACUGAGCAUGUCAGCAGAAUGUUUGCCUAUAAAUGGACUAUUUCAUAAAAUUACAUAGUCAUACAUUGCUUUCACUAUGAAAUACUGACUUGAUGUGAUGGGAGAAUACUGUAAUAUUUACAGUUGUUUUCCAGAGAGAAAUUUCAAUGUUACCUGUUAUCUUUUUACUUAGUUUGAGAAUUUAAUUUUGAACCUAUUUACUUUGUCAUUUUUAAAUUUAAAAACAGCAUUUGGAAAAUAUCUGUAAAAAGUCAAAGUUAAAAUGAAGUUUUAUGUGUUUGGAAUAGCACUUUACACUAAAUGUCAUUUCUUGAAUGUUCAAGUCUAAAGAUUUUUGGAAAUAUAAAUAGUUAUAAAUAUUCAUAUACAUAUUUUUCCUAGUGAUGAUCACAGCAAAAUUUUGUUUAUCUAGUUCUGCAGUAUAAUUUCUCUAAAGUAUUAUAAGUAUUCAUGAAAAAUAAGCAUAGCGAUCAGAGCUUUUAAAAAUUUGUAUAAAAUAUCUUGGAUAUUUUGACUUUAUACAUGCAUAAAUUUGUAUUUUACUUUCCUUUUUGGAGCAGCAGUUUUAGAAAACCAGUAAGGAAAAUGUAGAUCGUAGAGUCUACUAUUGUCAUCUACACAAAAUUUUACUGUUAAGGUUCCACGUGCCUAUACUGUUUAUUUCAAAAUGGAGGGAUUCAUGGGAAUAAUGUAUUUUAUGGAAUCAGAACACAAUUGUGGUGGGAUGAUUCUACAUCUUAAAUAUUUCUUUAUAGCACUGCAAGCUCUGCUUUCAAAUUGACUGAGUAAAAAAGCGAAAGAAACUAUUUAACUUCUGUAGAAACACUGUACCACUGGGCCUUUUUUCAGAUUGUGAUUUCAACUAAUAGAUCAGAUAUUUAUGCUAAUAUUUUCUUAUUUCAAAAGCAUAAUAAAAUGAGUUUAUAGUCAUCUAUGGAAAAGCAUUUUUCCCCUGCACAAGGGGUUUGGAUUGGAUGGUGAGUGGGCCCAUCUGGAUCAUGCUAAUGUAGCUGGCAUAUAAAGAUGUGGUAAGCAAUCAAAUAAUUUACAAAAACCAAAACCAUUUGUUGAGUGCUUCCAAUGUGUUAGCCACUGUGCUAAGUGCUUCCUCUGCAUUGGCUCAUUUAAUCCCCAUAAUAACCUAUAUUAUCAUCAUUUUAGAGAUGUGGAAACUGAGAGACCAGGUCCCACAGUGAGUGACUCAGUAGCCACUGCACUCCAGUGCCUCUGGUGAAAUCCCAUCAAACUAGGAAGCUAUCUGAUGCUUGAGCCUGCCUCCUUCCCUUUGUGCCUACC